UAUCGUAUACCAAUAGGAAGUGCGAAGACUCCGGUGACGGAACUUGCCUCGCCCGCAGCCGGAGAUCUCCUUUUGAACAAGAACGAACAGGAUGAGGAGGAGAGCUGCUGUCUUUUGAGUUGUUUAGACGAUGCAGAUAUUUCCUUGAGGUUAUGUUAGAGAAGGACAUGAAUCUUCCUAAUGAAUCCUUUCUGUUGCACACAAUUAUGAGCUGCUUCCGUCUUUAACAGAUGAUGCCUCCGCUGAAGUUUUAUGGAUUCAGUUUUGUAUCGGCGAUUAUUUUGUGUCUUCCUGUGAAUCUUUGGGGGCGAAGAUGAAGGUUUCUGUCGCGUGGACGGCUAGGGAAUGGACCGAAUGCGUUUGGAUGGCCGCGAUCUGCAUUUUGCUGCAUCUUCUUUUAUGCUCGGGAACUUACGCUUCAAUUUGCUCCGAAAUUGGCUGCGCAAGGAGGAGCUCCAACUUGACACCAACGGCUGCUUCCCGUGGUGUAACCCUGGAGAUUCAGGACCGCCAUGUGGUGAUUGGCAAUGGGAUCGUUCAAGUCACGGUGUCUAAGCCCGAGGGAAUAGUAACGGGAAUAAAGUAUAAUCGCCUUGACAAUUUGCUAGAGAUCGACCAAGAAGGGGCGACGGGAGGGUACUGGGAUCUAUACUGGAAUGAACCAAAUGGCCCAGGAAUCUCUGAUGUGAUAAAGGGUACAGAUUUUAGUGUGGUCUUACAGAAUGAAAGCCAGAUUGAGGUCUCCUUCAAAAGAACAUGGAAUUCUUCUCUGACAGGCAAGCUUGCUCCUCUCAAUAUAGAUAAAAGGUUUAUCUUGCUUAGUGGUCAGUCAGGAUUUUACAGCUAUGCGAUCUUUGAACACUUGGGAGGGUGGCCUGACUUCGAUGUUGCAGAGAUAAGGAUCGCUUUUAAGCUAAGGAAAAACAUAUUCCACUACAUGGCCAUAGCAGACGAUCGCCAGAGGAUAAUGCCCAUGCCGGAUGAUCGUUUGCCUGGACGUGGUCAACCGUUGGCUUACCCUGAAGCAGUGCUGCUAGUGAAUCCGAUCAAUCCUGACCUUAAAGGGGAGGUGGAUGAUAAAUACCAGUAUUCCUGUGAUAAUGAGGACAACAGAGUUCACGGAUGGAUCUCCAGCGACCCGCCCAUCGGAUUCUGGUGCAUCACGCCCAGCGAUGAGUUCCGAACCGGAGGCCCCGUCAAGCAGGACCUCACUUCUCACGUCGGUCCUACCACUCUUGCUAUGUUCCUUAGUACUCACUAUGCUGGGGAUGAUCUCGUCCCCAAGUUUCGAGAUGGUGAACCUUGGAAGAAAGUUUUCGGGCCCGUGUUUAUCUAUCUUAAUUCCGGGAUGGUUGGAUCAGAUUCACUUCUUUGGCAGGACGCGAAGUCUCAGAUGAUGCUUGAAGUACAAAGUUGGCCUUAUGACUUUCCAGCCUCGGCGGACUUCCCAACUUCUGAUGAGCGAGGGUCUCUUAGUGGGAGACUAAUGGUUAAAGACAGGUAUGUUUCUCUGGAAGCAUUGUCUGCAGACACUGCUUAUGUGGGUUUAGCUCCACCUGGAGAAGUUGGGUCCUGGCAAAGGGAAUGCAAGGGAUAUCAAUUUUGGACUAAAGCUGAUUCUGAUGGUUUCUUCACCAUCAGUCAUGUUCGACGUGGAAGCUAUAAUCUUUAUGCAUGGGUUCCUGGAUUCAUUGGAGAUUAUAAAUAUGAUUUAAUUGUUAACAUUUCUUCAGGGGGUCGUAUUGAUUUGGGUAAUCUGGUAUACGAGCCUCCAAGAAAUGGUCCUACCCUGUGGGAGAUAGGGAUUCCUGACCGCUCUGCUGCAGAGUUCUAUGUUCCUGAUCCCAACCCAAAUUAUGUCAACAAACUCUAUGUUAACCAUCCUGACAGGUUCAGGCAAUAUGGAUUGUGGGAGAGGUAUGCAGACUUAUUCCCUGCUGAGGAUCUUGUCUACAAAAUCGGUGCCAGUGACGAUACUCGAGACUGGUUUUUUGCGCAAGUUACCAGGCGCAAAAAUAGCACAUACCAGCCAACAACAUGGCAGAUAAAAUUCAAACUUGAUGCGGCAAGGCAAAAUGGGACUUACAAGCUCCGGAUUGCUCUUGCAUCUGCCACAGAUUCUGACCUGCAGGUUCGCUUCAAUGAUCCAAACGCAAACCCGCCUCAUUUUUCAACUGGUAGGAUUGGUACGGACAAUACAAUCGCCAGGCAUGGGAUUCAUGGGCUAUAUUGGCUGUUCAACAUUGACAUUAUCAAUGCUUGGCUUCUGGAAGUUGAAGGGCACAUGAUUCUUUGCCACAAAAUCAGUGACGGGGAGAAUUUCCUAUCGAGUCAAGGAGGAGUUCUGCAUUUCCAAGCUCGAUAGUUACAUCAACAAAAGAUGGGUGGAGGCAAUAGCAGACUGU